AUGCCCAUCUUCUCGCGCACCAACAAGGACAGCCUACCGACCCUACGCAACAUGGUCAACCUCUCCACAAUCCUCACCCCGACCAAGGGUGCCUGGCUCGACACCACAUCCUCGACGGCCACGGCGACGACCCCGCGAACCACGGCCACCACAAGGAGCCUGCCGCGCAUCAACGUCAAUGGCCUCGACCACCACCCCGAUCUCCUCGACGACAUCAUCUCGCCAAUCCUCGCCCGCACCGACAUUCCGAGCUUCUAUACCAACGACCCCCGCAACAUUGAUGUCAACAAUGCCUGCAUGGACAAGCUGCGGCGCGCCUUCGACGACCUCCUCAAGCGCCGCUCCAUGAUCCGCCGCGAGACGACCAUAUCGCGUGAUCAGUUUGUCGCCUGGCUCGAGAGCAUGCAGGGCGAGAGUCCCGCUGAUGUGGAGAAGCACUUGCCCGAGGACAAAGAUCGGUACACCCAGGGCGAGUUCCUCGAAGCCUGGCUCAUGCGCUUCGACUGGGACGCCGAGCGCCCAGCCUGCCCCGACAAGGACACCAGCCGGCCCAUCACAAACUACUUUAUCAGCAGCAGCCACAACACCUACCUCGAGGGGAACCAGCUUGCCUCCAAGAGCUCCCCGGAAGCCUACAGAGAGGUCCUGUCCCGCGGCUGCCGCUGCAUCGAGAUUGACGUCUGGAACGGCGACACCGUGGCCGCCGGUUCGGAGACGAAUCGAUCCAAGAGUCCUCGGCCCGAUCACAGCCGCAACCUCUCGGGGGCCUCCUUUGCCAACGUCGCCGCCAGUCUGAAGGAGACGGUGGGCGGCGUUCUCGGUGGAGGUGGGGCGGGCGAUCGCGCCUCAACGCACAGCCGGAGCCUGAGCGCCCAGAGCAGCUCGGGGCUGGGUCUGCGCGACAGCGGUUUUCUGUCAGAUCCGAGAGUCUCCGGCGACAAACUCGAAGGCGGUGCCGUCGUGGUGCCGCCCUGCCCGCCGAGCCCGCGUUUGCCGUACCCCAAGAACGAGCCCAUUGUGACCCACGGCUGGACCUUGACUACGCCCUGCGGCUUCCGCGAGGUCUGCGUCGCCAUUCGCGAGUCGGCUUUCGUAACCAACGACUUGCCCAUCAUCAUCAGCCUCGAGGUUCACGCCGACCACCAGCAGCAGGAGGUCAUGGUCGCCAUUAUGAAGGAGGAAUGGGGUGAUAUGCUGAUCGACAGGGCCAUGGACGGCCUUGACCAGAGAUUUCGCGUGCCCAGCCUCGAGGAGCUGCGGGGAAAGAUCCUCAUCAAGUGCAAGAAGCCGCCCAAGAAGAUCGAGGUGCCGUUCGGCUCGAUGCGCCUGACGAAAAGCAGGACGCAGGAGGAAGACACAUCGGCAUCUGACGAAGACAACGCGAGCCAGCAGCAGCAGCAGCAGCACCACCGCCAUCACCCUUCGGGCACCGCGCCCAAGAGCCCUCCGCCUACGACCGGCGCACCGCCCAAGGCGGCCAAGGUGCCCGUGUGCGCGGCGCUAGGCGAUCUCGCCAUCUACACGCACAGCGAGCACUUCAAGGGCUUCGAGACGGUCUCGAAGAAGCCGAGCCACAUCUACUUCAUCGCGGAGAGCAGGAUUCUCGAGCUGUACGCGACGAUGCAGAGCGCCGUCUUUACGCACAACAAGAACUACUUUAUGCGCGCCUUUCCCAACGGCGCCCGCUUCGACAGCUCCAAUCCGGACUCGAGUCUCUUCUGGCGCAAGGGCGUCCAGAUGGUCGCCCUCAACUGGCAGUACUUGGACGAGGGCAUGAUGCUCAACGAGGGCAUGUUUGCCGGUGAGCAGGGCUGGGUGCUCAAGCCUCCGGGCUACCGGACCUCGGACAAGACGUGCUUCGCGCAGGCAGACGCCCCGCACGCCGGUACGUUGAUGCUCUCCAUCUCGAUCCUCGCCGGCCAGCACAUUUGGGCGCCGGAGUCUACGGAAAGCGACAGCGGCUGGAGUGGUAGGAACCUCCGGCCCUUGGUCAAGUGCGAACUCCACGUGGAGCGGACGGGGAGCAGCAAUCGCAUGACAGGCGGGAGCGGCGGCGCAUCGUAUGAUGGCAAGUAUAAGCUGGAGACGGCACCGAUGAAGACGAGUCAUCCUGAUUGGGGCGACAAAGGCGAGCUCCUCAAGUUUCCGCUUGUUCCCAAGGUAGUGGAGGAGCUCAGUUUUGUGAGGUAA